AUUAAAGGAAAACUAGGUUAGGUUGUACUUCAGCUUUUGUAAGGACAAUUCGAUAAUGUUAUGUCAUUUUGACAGAUUGUUCUGUUGACCUUCUUCGUAAUUAUUGCUAGAUAAUUACCUACAUAAGAUGAUAUAAUGGCUGGUAAAGGAAGGAACGCAGUUCGUAUUGAAACUGAAAUAGAAAAGAGUCGUGAAGAAUCCAACUGGAAAAGAGUGAUUGAACUAGCAGAACAACUCAAGUCUAGAAAUUCAGCUAAAGGUAAUGGAUACGAGCCACUAUGCAAUUUUCUGUUGGGAGAAGGGAAACUGGAAUCAUUCCUGGAUGAAUGCCCACCAAUUGAGGCCAACACAAGCAAGGCAAAGUCUGGACUGCAUGAAGCCAAACGGUGUCUACUGAACGCCGCUAGCGAACAGGGCAAAAAGGCAGGGGUAGCCCUAGAUUCGCACCUUCUGCUAGGGAAACUGCACUAUGCCAUGGGUCUAUGGGAGGACUCUCUUUCGCACUACAAUGAGGCCGACCUGCAAUCUCUGACCGAAAAAUCCCUGCCAAGUCGCAGUCUAAGGAUAGUCGCUGAAUCGUUUGCUAUCAAAGGAUUGUGUUUGGAGAAAGUGCCUCCACCCACCUCGUCCAAGUUCAAGCAGGUGGAGUGGGAGGGAGAGGUGGGCCACUGCUUUGAGCUAGCAGGCGAUCUCACUCUGCUCUAUCUGCAGGAGCAGGACAAACUGCAGCAACAGGUCUCAACUAUAUCGUCCACAUCAUCCACUGGCUCACAUUCGCCACAGCCCAUGACCACGGGCACAAGGCAUAUGGGUCCAAUUUUGGAGACAGCCAUUCAGAGAGCGCCACUCUUACAUGUACAGGCUGGGAGGUUGCCUCAAGCCGUAGCUAGAUACAGAAGCAUGCUGUGCGCAGUCGAGUCCAGCGGCACACAUGGACUGCGAUUAGCUCUGACCAGACAGUUGGCAGAACUGCUGUUGCGUGGAUUUACUGGAACUCGCUACACGCCGCCCACCUCACAGAGUAAGUUGGCACCACUGAUCAGCAUAUUUAUCACGUCAUUAAGUGAAGCAAUGGCAGUAAGAGACGCUGUCCUGAGUCAGUCUCCCGAAUUUAAAGAGGCGCGAAUUCGCGCUUUAUCCAAUGCCAUCACAAUCUACGAUUUGCUAGCUGUCACACUCAUGCGCUGGGGACAGGCUUCACUUCUACACGAGUCGCUGGAGCGAGCCCUGAAGUUCUCCUACGAGGAGGCACACGUGUGGCUGCAGCAGGCACUGUGCCUCGAGUCAAUGGGCAGGCAUGUGCAUGCGUUGGCCGUUAUCAAGGAGGUAGUGCGCUUGCUGCCCAACAAGUGUGUACCCUGCCUUAUUGCGGCGCGCAUCUCUUAUCUGCAUCUCAAUCAGUUGCAGUCAGGCCUAGAAUGGGCGCAGAUGGCCUUGAAACGAGAGCUGGCUCAUCCACAGAACAUGCUGUCAAGAUGUCACCUGAUGGUGGGCAUAGGGGCCCACUAUGCAGCAGUCACCUCACAUCUCAAGCAGGAGAAGCAGAGGCUGCAUACACUUUCAGGCCUAGAAUGGGCGCAGAUGGCCUUGAAACGAGAGCUGGCUCAUCCACAGAACAUGCUGUCAAGAUGUCACCUGAUGGUGGGCAUAGGGGCCCACUAUGCAGCAGUCACCUCACAUCUCAAGCAGGAGAAGCAGAGGCUGCAUACACUUUUGCAGUCAGGCCUAGAAUGGGCGCAGAUGGCCUUGAAACGAGAGCUGGCUCAUCCACAGAACAUGCUGUCAAGAUGUCACCUGAUGGUGGGCAUAGGGGCCCACUAUGCAGCAGUCACCUCACAUCUCAAGCAGGAGAAGCAGAGGCUGCAUACACUUGCAACUGACUCAUUUCACAAAGCUGAGCAGUGCGACGCAAACGAUCACCUAGUCUCCUACUACUUGGCACUGAGCCUCGGCUCGCGGGGCCUUGUGGCCGAGGCAGUGACUCACGCUCGCGCCGCACUCAAACUGUGCCCCGAACAUAUUGCCUCGCUGCACCUGCUAGUACUGCUCUUGUCUGCACAAAAAAAGCUCGGCGAGGCGAGGCUUCUGCUCGACUCGGCUCUACAGGACUUUCCCGCCAACCUCAAUCUGCACUAUGUCAAGGCCUACCUGGAGCUGGCAAUGGAAGGCGGCGAAGUGGCACUGCUAACUGGCAAGCACAUGCUGUCUCUGUGGAAGGAGUUAUAUGAAGAGCACACCACCUGCGCACAGAACGCGCAAAACGGUCUCGAUUCGCGCAUCUCCGAUCAGCUGAGCUCCAAUGCCGCAGCAACAGCUGAUCAGCGCAGUGUUUUCCAGCUGUAUACCUCCGAGAUGUCCGAUAAGGAUUCGAGUUCGCUACACGGCGCUCAUUCGCUGGCGGCGAGCCGAGUGGAACAGGCCUUGUCCGAGGUGGCCUCGUCCAUCUCGUCGCAGGUUGGCCUGGGGGGCUCCAGGGGGGGCAACGGGGCACCAGGGGGCGACCCGCGCCCCCAACGGGCCUGGCAGCUGCAGUUGCAAAUCUGGCUGUUGCUCGCCGAAAUCUACCUGAGCAUCGACCAACUGCCGUCUGCUGUCAACUGCAUACACGAGGCCACCAACAUAUUCCCACUCUCGCAUCAUAUCAUGUACACGCGAGGGCUUGUUCACGAGCAGAAGCAGGAAUUCGUUGAAGCAAAACAGUGCUAUCAGAACGCUGUCUCAAUCAAUCCCAACCACAUCAAAAGCCUGCAGCAUUUGGGCUUGAUGCACCAUUACCUCGGCAGUCACCGUUUGGCCGAGAAAACGCUCAGAGAUGCAGCCAAGAUUGAUCCUCAUGCUCCCGACACUUGGUACAACCUGGGCAAAGUGCUGGAAGCAUUGGGUGACUGUAGCAGAGCCAGCGAUUGUAUGGCGACCGCCCUGCAAGUGGAGAUGGCUUCACCCAUUCUGCCCUACACCACUAUACCGAUGGUUUUCGAGUGAAAAGGUAGUCUUAUCAGUGAAAAAACAUAUAUAGAUAAAGAUAAAGAACCUUGAAUCUUGAAGUACAGGGUGCGGCAUCAAAAUUUCAUUUUUUUUAAAGAGGCGUCUCGAACCGCGCGGCUAUAAGCAGGCGUGGUUAGAGCCGUCACUGAUAGAGCACAUAACCUUUAAAUUCAUUGCAUUUCUAUAUUAUAUGAACGUGAAUUAGAAGUACUGGCUCUAUAUUGCAUUCAAUAUUCAUAUCUAAUGAAUAAUCGAAUCUAAUGAAUUUAGAGGCUUUUUGUCCUAUAGAAAGGUCCACUUUAUAAUGGUAGUAUUUGAUCAACAUUGGAGUUGCUAUCCUUGUCUAUCAUUCGACAAAGCAGAUAGCGCUAUCCUUCUGUAGCUUCACAACGUUGCCAAAUCCGUUCUUAACAAUGUAGAAGUAUAAUACAUUGAGGCAGACAAUCGGUAACACUGUUCUCCUAUCUCUAUCCACUGCCAUUAUAACGUGGACCUCACUGUAGCCGAGACGCCGCUAAGCAAUUCCAACUUCAAGUGAAAAUAGGUAAAAUUAUAGUUGAUUGACAGAGAGAGAUUCACGUUAUAGAGUCCGUGGAAAUUAUAGGACUACAUGGUUGCCAAGUCUCAGAUUUCCAGCGCCCUCUAGAGUAGAUACAUUUUCAUGAUUCAAGUCAUCCCGGUAUAUCUGAUGUAAUAUUAAUUGUGUAUUCAUGUUAAUAAUGACCAAUUACAUUUUAUUCGUCAAGAAAGUAUUUAUGCUCUCAUGGUUUAACCGUUAGACUACCAAUGGGACGACAAUAUGUCCCAAUAGAAGCUCAUCGUAUCCCAGUGGGUAAAUAGAUCAUCUUAACUACACAGUAAUGAAACCCAGUGGUAGUCGAGGGUCUAUUCUGUAAAAUACAUCAGAUGUUUAGAACUAUCUGAUCGCCAUAUUAUCAGAUAUGAGGUUAUAUUGUGGUUAUAUGCUCUCAUGCAUGCAUGCAUGUGUCAGAUGCUGGUUUUGUGCUGAAUGAAGCUGUUCUAAUGUGAUUUGCAGUGUCAUUUUGAGUUAAAAGUAAGUAAAUAACUUCAUAUAAUGUCAAUAAUAACAUGUGAAAUUGAAAUUGCAAAGCUAUUUACUAAAUUGCAUUCGUUUUAUCGUGUUUUUGUAUUGGGACAUAUUAUCCCAAUGGCAAAAUUGAUUAUUUGGUAUUUGACGGGACAAGCUUCAUAGACCCUAUUUAGUAGUCUAAGGGUAACAUUUUUUUAUAAUUUAUAUUAAAUACUGCAUUUUGGUAGAUUAUCAAAUUCUUUCAAGUUCAGUUUUGUAUAUAGUGAGGUCCACGUUAUAAUGACAGUAUUUGAUCAACUUUGGUUUUCUAUCCUUGUCUAUCUUUCGACAAAGCCGGUGGUACUAUCCUUUUCUAGGUCCACAACGGUGUCAAUUAUGUUUUUGACAGUGUAGAAAUAUGAUUAAUUAAUGCAGAGAAUCGGCAUCGCUGUUCUUCUAUCUUUAUUCACUGUCAUUAAAACGUGGACCUCACUAUGGGACUAUUGUUCGAUGUCGCUUUCAAAUUAAAAUCAUUCAUUAUUAAGCUUUUCAAUGGGUUCUUGCAUUAUAAAUGAAAUAAAUAUCGCAUUUAAUGUAUAAUGAGAAGAUAAUGAUAAUCAAAAUUACAUUGUGUAAGUCUUCCUAUGCGUUAUAGUGCCGGUUGCACAAAAGCCGGUUGAAUUUUAAUCUUGAUUAAUUCCACGAGAACCGAUCAGAGAAGCCGUCUUAUCAAAAAUGCCUUCUCUGAUUGGAAUUAAUUACGGUUAAAUUUAACCGGUUUUUGUGCGACUGGGCCAUAGACAUACUGUGAAACCUCUAUUAACCGUCGCUCUCUGUUGACUUCAUUGUCUGUCUCCUUUUAUUUAAAAAAUAUUCUGACAAAACAAAUAUACUGUAAAAUAUUAGCCUCCUGUACACUGUUUUAUAUUGUAUAUAUUUUAUAAAUAAAGAAAGUUGAAUUCAAUUACAGUAAUGUACUGUUUAGUUACUUAUAUGUGGUAGGCCUACUCUACACUGAAUUUAUUUGCAAUAAAGUACAUAAUACUGUAAUGACAUUUCUAUUUUCCGUUUUUUCCCUGUUUUAUUCCCGGUCUAGAAGGGGUCGGUUGAUAGAGGCUCUACUGUAUAUAGUUGUACAAUUUAGAUAGAUAAUUCAUCAAUAAAAUGAUAAUUCAUCUAUGAUCGGGUUUUCAUGUAUUUAGCGGCCUAUGAUGCGUAAUUAGUAAUAAUUAGUUAAACCUUAAUGAAUCUGUUAUUGUAUAAAAUAAUGUAUUAUAUAAAAUUGUGUAAAUUGUUCGAAACUUGUAUUCAAACUGAUGAUUGUUAAAAGCAAAUACAUAAAUCCUAUAAGUAAUAGAGAGGUCCACGUUAUAAUGGCAGUUGAGAAAGAUAGGGGAACAACGUUGCCAAUGCUCUGUCUUGUCAAUGCCUUCUAUAGACGGUAGCUGAUAUAGGUUUAUUGAUGUAAUAUCAACGGUUCAUUCUAGUUUAAAAUAAUAAGUUAUAUUUUAUCAAGCAAGAAAUUAUAUUUUCAAUAAUUUCAUAAUGAAUUUUAAUAAUCAAGAUGAAUAUUUUGUUAAUUCUACAUUGUUAAAAGAUGAUCUGGCAACAGAGCAUAGCGAGAAAGAGAUAGCGCUAUCCUCUUUCAAACACUGCCAUUAUAACGUGGACCUCACUAUAGCUGUUUAAGUAGGCUAUUGUUAUACAAUAACUAUUUUUUCUUAAACAGGAUUUAAUUAUUAUUUACUUAAACAUCUUGUAAUGUCAAAUAAUAUUGUAUUUUCUUCAUUUUGGUUGAGGUAUUGUUAUCAACAUCUGGGGUUAUGGCUGUGCAUUCUAUUUGUUACCUUUUGAAGAUUUCGUUUAUGUUCUGAAUUUGCUUUUCUAUAAAAUUUUCAUGUAAGUUGUAAAUAAAUGAGUUAAGAAUUA